AUGGAUAAGUUAUGCUGUUUUAAUACAGCUUGUUUUCCGUAUGUAGGAGUGCAUUCCUCGUAUAGCGUUGGUAAGGGAAAAAACCAUGAGGGUCAAAUCAAGUAUGGUUUCAGCCUAGUAAAGGGGAAAGCUGAUCAUCCCAUGGAGGAUUACCAUGUUGCUGAGUUUGUACAGAUAGAAGAACAUGAGCUUGGGCUAUUUGCUAUUUAUGAUGGCCAUUUGGGGGAUGGUGUACCUGCCUACCUUCAAAAGCAUUUGUUUGCCAACAUCCUAAAGGAGGGAGAAUUUUGGGCUGACCCAAGGAAAUCAAUCUCAAAAGCCUAUGAGAGGACCGACGAAGCAAUUCUUUCGCAUAGUUCCAACCUGGGACGAGGUGGGUCUACUGCUGUUACAGCAAUUCUAAUCAAUGGCCGAAGGUUGUGGGUAGCCAAUGUGGGAGAUUCACGAGCUGUUCUUUCUAGGGGAGGUCAGGCUAUUCAGAUGUCUACAGACCAUGAGCCUAACACUGAACGGCGAAUCAUUGAGAACAAAGGAGGCUUUGUCUCAAACUUGCCAGGGGAUGUCGCUAGAGUGAAUGGACAGCUGGCCGUUUCACGUGCUUUCGGAGAUAAAAGCCUUAAGUUACAUCUGCAAUCAGAUCCUGACGUUCAAGAUAUUAACGUGGAUCUGGACAUUGAUAUUCUUAUCCUUGCGAGUGAUGGUCUUUGGAAGGUGAUGACUAAUCAAGAAGCGGUUGAUAUUGCAAGAAGAGUAAGAAAUCCCCAGAAGGCAGCAAAGCAGUUGACAGCUGAAGCAUUAAAAAGAGACAGUAAAGAUGAUAUAUCUUGUGUCGUGGUUAGAUUUAGGGGAUAA